ACUGAACUCCACUCCACCCCAAAAGAACGGAGAGCAUGACGUCAACUCCAGGAAGCCCCAUUGGUCCAGACACGUCACGUGGCCUGCGCGAUGACGUCAGACAGGAACGAGGAGGGGAAUAGCGAAACAAGAUGGUGUCCCGCGAUGAAGCAGGAAAUACAUUUCAGUUUCACUAAAACAUAUUUCAACAGAGUUUCCAAAGGAGAGAGCGGAGGAAACCGAAGAAAUCCCUUCAGAUACACAAGAAGCAGUCGAAAGAGAUUCUAAAUGGCUUCAAGGAAGUCGGGAUCAGAUAUUCAUAACACUGGGCCCGUCAGUUACCUGGAGGAUGUUUCCUUUAAAAUUGGAGAUAAGUUCAGGAGCCCUGCUAAAGUAGGCUUGCCCAUUGGCUUCUGUGUGCCUGACUGUGCCCCCCUGCUCCGUGAAUCACAGUAUGACUUCUCUCUGGAGAUGCGGACGAUACAAUGGGCCGAGGAGCUGGAUCAGAUCAGAGUGGCACAGGAGCGUGCCAAGCUGAAGGCGUCGGGGGAGGGGCAGCAACAAGCUUCAGAGACAGGUUCAGCCAGAGAAGACUCCUCCCAGACCGCCCUGCCAGACCCUCUCCCUCCCGCCAUCAACCCAGUCAUGGCGGGACUCCGGCACAACGACAUCCUGACCCCCCUUCCGGCCCCCAGCUUGUCAGGCCCCCGGCACAGAGAGCCCAGCCCCCCGCCGCAGCACAACAGCGGCUUCAACCUGGCCGACUUCGAGUGUGAGGAGGACCCCUUCGACAAGCUGGAGCUGAAGACCAUCAACGACAAGGAGGAGCUCCGCAGCAUCCUGCAGCUGCAAGCUGUGAACCCGCCCGAGCAGCCUGACCCAGCCUGCGAACCCAAACCCCUGCUCUCCAAACACCUCCACAAACCCAACGGCCUGGUAGCCCUGCUGCAGCUGGACGAGCCUGGGGGCCACGUCUCCUCCUCUUCCCUGGGGCCCAGGGGGCCACUCGCUGCCUUUCCCUGCAACAUCCGCUCCCUCUCCUUCCCCAAGUUCUCCGAGUCAGAGGAUGAGCUGCCCCCGGCUUACGACAACCACAAGAGCUACAGCACCAUGGACGCAGUGACCAGGGGCCCCGGCCUUCCCAACGGCACCUCCGCCUCCCUGCUGGGGGCCCUGCUCCACGGCAGGUCCAAUGGGCAGCUGCCACUGCCCUCUUUCCAGGGGGACCCUCCUCGCACACAGCCCUCGGAGCUGGCCGGGCACACGCAUAACGGGGCCUCCACACAGUCAAACUCCCCGAAAGCACCUGGUACUGCUGAAGCUGUGUCGGUGGCAGCAGCGACUCCCCCUGCUGUGCCGGGUGGGUACUGCAGUAAUCUGCUGGCCCUGUCCCCCGGUGAGCGGCAGUGUGUGGAGACCAUCGUCAGCAUGGGCUACUCCUACGAGAGCGUCAUCGGAGCCAUGCAGAAGCAGGGUCAGAGCAUGGAGCAGGUGCUGGACUAUCUGUUUGUGCACGGGAGGCUGUGUGAGAGGGGCUUCGAGGCCGGCGCAGUGGAGGAGUGUCUGGAGAUGUAUCAGUGUUCGGAGGAGAAGGCUCUGGAGUUCCUCCAGCUGAUGUCCAAGUUCCAGGAGAUGGGUUUUGAGCCGGGUACCAUCAAGGAGGUGUUGGUGGUUCACAACAACAACCAGGAGAAAGCUCUGGAGGACCUGAUGGCUCGCGCAGAGGCCAGCUGAGACGCACAAGCUGCACUAACGUUCUCAUUCAUUUUGCUUUCUUUUAAACAUUUGCAGUCAAUGUUCUCGUUAACUGCGCUGGAUGAUGCUUAGAGAGAGAAAGUUAUAGAGCGAGAGAGAGACAAUAGAGCUGCCUUCUCAAGACAUUUCCAGCUUCUGUUCUAAAACAAAAUACAUUUCAAAGCAUGCUCACACUUCUGUUUGUGGGCAAGAAAUGCCAUAGAAAACAAUAAGCUGGGGAUUCCCAGGCAGACCUCUGGCUAACCAGCAGCUUCUGCAAAAUUUCAAGAAUGUUACAGAAUGCCUGCCUGUCUGCUUGGGAUCUGCUUCUGUCUUACAGCGGGGAGGAGAGCUCUGGCUUUAAAAAAAAAAAAAAAAAGACAGAAAAUAAGAAGUGUCCUUCAAAAACGUUUGUGUCGAAGGAGUGACUGAAUUCUCUUUCCUGGAAUUUUCCUCUGCAUUAGUAGACAAAAAACAAAGUUGUGCACCUUUCACUGGAUGAGGACGAAGGCAGGAGAAACCUGAAAGAAAGAAAUCAGUAGCAAAACAGAAACAUGACGCGUAAAAGCUGCUCCAAAAGGUUUGUUUGUGUCUAACAGAUUGUAAAACUGUCUAAGUUUGUAUUUAAUUGCAGCCAACCUAUUAGUGCAAUAGAUAUUGUGUAGAGCAGCCAGGGGCAGGACUGUGUUUUUGGAUGAACUCUGGGGGGAGGGGGGGUGGUGUCUCUGGAUAACAGCCCUGCACUGCUGCCUGUUUGAAGUGGCAAGAAAGAGAUGCAUUGUGUGGCACCAGGCUUUUGUGGUUUGUAUAGUAAAACCAGCUCUUGGGCUUCUGGGAACCCUUUCAAUAGAAUUCAAUGGAAUUGUCAUCUGAAAUGGUAAAAAGUCUGUGUUGCCCAAUAGAAGUGGGAAGCCACUUUAAAUUCUUUGGGAUCGUAGAUGCGUUAAGUGCCAUACACUUUUCUUUUUUUUUGUUCCCCCCCUCCCACUUCCAAUUACUGCUGAAAUAAUUGUAGAUUUUUCUCUGAAAAUUAUUAUAUGGGGCAAAAGUAUUCUGUGUUUUUUUUGUUUGUUUGUUUGUUUAAUUUUGUGUGGAUACCCAAACAAAGGGACUUGUGUUGAACUGUUUUGUGCAACAAAAAAUAUUUCUCAUGUUUGGGCCUAAAGGAUUUCUAUUGGACUCUGUUCAGCUUAACAUCCAUGAGCACUGCAUGUGAUUUUUACUCUGACCAGACGAUUCAUUAGCAGCCAGCCUGGUUUGCUGAAACUCAGAGCAGUGCAGUUCCUAAAGGGAGCGCUGGAAAGGGGGCAGUUGUCUAAAUUGUCCGGUCUCAUCCCAGAUUGCAGUGUAUCAGAGUGCAGAUCCAGUUUUAAGAUCAGCUUUAGCAGUUCUAUAAUCCCACCCUGCUCCCUAGUGUCUGAGGUUACACAAAACUCAUUUAAUACUGAAGUGCUGUUUUUACACUAAACUCAACACUAACUGUUGCUGCCGCCUUUGCUCUGCUUAUUUCUGCAGUUUUAUGCUUCAGAAUGUUUUGGAGCAUUCAAUUAAACAUCCGAUGAAGUUUAGAAUAACAGAGCAAAGAAGCAGCUUUUGUUUUCAUAGCUUGAAAGCCAUUCUAAAAGGUCCCAAGACAUCCACAUCAUAAAACCAUGAAAAUAAAAUGAAAGAAACAAUGUUUCUAUUUCUGAACACCACUGUCAUGCUGAUUAUACCCCUAACCUUCCCUUCACGGUGUGACUCAAAGCUCCCGGAGGCUGGAGUGUGGCAGUGUUCGUGCUGCACUCUGCUCAUUAAAAUCAUUGUGCUUGUCCUGCAUUAACCGAUAAAUGAGACUGAAGCAUGAGGAGGGCAAGGGCUUCAAGUCCAAUCAUCACAAGUUCACGGUGAGAGUGGCAGGAGCUGUGGUACAAACCCCCAGGUCUCUUGGUCAAUCCGCAGGAACACCUUCCCUUUUGUGUAAGGCUUUUAGAGGGAUAUUGCCUCUACAACACAACUUUUCAGGAGGGAUGGUAGCCGGUUUGGCUAAGCAAGCCAUGAGUGACUCCCAUUUGUUCAUGGAGGGAGUGGCUGUCUGUGUGUUGCUGGCUGUUCCCUGUCCCAGCAGGGUGUUGUAAGAGAGCUGCGCUCCGCCUGCCUGCUCUAUCCUUAUAGGAUCACAAACUGAAAGGCGGUAGAUGACACUACACCCUGGAUUCUCUUGGGCAGCCAGCCUGAACACAUGCCAUAGUGAUGUGGACACUUGUGUUAAUAUGUCCCAUUAGAAAAAUUGGACGUUGUCAACUAUACAGAUGCACACAUUGUUUUUUUGGAAAGGUAGUGUUUGGCAUAGUCGAACUCUGCAACAGUCAAGUUGAGCUUUCUGAAACCAGGAGAACAGGACUUCUUGUCCAUGUUCGAGGUAUUUUGGGACCCCCACCAUAGUGCAGUAAUAACCAGGAAUACACUCACUGUUAGUGAAGUAGCUGAUGGGAAUGUUUUGAAAAGUCAUUUCAUUCACUCCGCGGAAAUGUUUAUCAGACAGAAACACAUUUCCAGAGUGGUGCUAGACCCCCUAGAGAAUCAGAGUUAUACUAUGUAAUAAAAAGGUUAAAUCAUUCUAGUGAAAUUAGAAAAGGUGGAUUUCAAAAUGUUGUUAGCUCCUUCGGUGCCCUUAGGGAGGAUUGCUAGGAAUGAGAGCGCCGAUUGUGUCGGAUUGAAAAGUAUUCAUUUAAAGGUUGAGUGAAGUUUGUAGAUUAAAACCACCAGGGAAGAGGAUGGUGGUAAAAUUGUCUUGGAAGUUCCCAGUUGUUUCAGUUUUGAUUUCAGCCAACUUACAUUUGUUUUUUUGCUACUGUAGGACUGUUUUAAAUAAUUUGAAAAAGAAAAGAAAAUUGUAUUUUCUUGGUGUUUUGUAAUAAACCAGGCACUGUUCUACUGGUUUCCACAAAUGUAUUUUCAUAGUUUCCAGUUUCCCAACUGGCAGAAGGAAAAUCCUCUCAUUGUGAUUCCCAGGGAUGUAUAAAUAUAUUUAACUGCUACAUCUCACAAUAUGGUGUAUUUGGAGAUACGACCACAGGACAAUGGAUGCGGCUUUGUGGGGUGAGACUAUCCAUUUAUGUUUGGUCUAGUUUAAGCACUUUCUUUAAACACUUAAUUUUUUUUUUUUUAAAUGUAUUUCAGUUCUCACCAGCUGUGGGUGUUUUUUCCUGCAGUGUUGGGUGAAAUGUUUGUCAGCGUAUAGGAGUACCUUCCCCUCCUCUCAAUAGUACAACUUGUAAAUGUUAAGUGUGAAGUACAGAAACUGAACUUUAUAUACAGAGCAGUGAUUACAACAUAUUUAAAAAAUGCUUAAAAUUGAUUGCUACAUAAAAAGGUACUAAUAAUAAAUACAAAAUAAAUAUGAAA